UGGGGAGGGGGCCGCCGCGCCCGGGCGCGCAGGGGGAGCGGCCGCCGCGCCGGGGCCCCAUUUGAAAGAAAAAAGGGCACGGAAAAGGAGGUGGUGGAGGAGGAGGAGGGGGAGGAGGAAGAAACGAACAGGAGCGAGGAGAGGAGGAGAAAGAGGAGGAGGAGGAGAAAGGCGAAGAAAAAGAGACGGAGCCCGAGAGACGGAGAAAGAGCGAGAGAGGAAGAAAGAGGCAGAAAGGGCGUGUUUCUGGCGCUGCCUUGCCCCUCCCCUUUCUCAGGUCUCUCGCUCGCGCUCGGCGCGCUCUCCGGCUGCAGCUCUCCGGGCGACGCUGGGAAUUGGGUGGGAUUACACGGAGCAGCCCCGCCGCCGCCGCUGGCGGAGCCCGACUCGGAGAGGGCGGGGGCUCCCCUCCGUCAGUCGCGCCGGGCGCCCCUCGCCUCGCCUCGCUCUCCGCCGCGCUUUCCCCGACGUCCGGCCGGCAGGAGCCGGCAGCGUCGGGCGCCUCCCGCCCCGGGCGCCACGCUCUGUGCCCCGAGCCUGCAGCCCCCCGCCCGGCCCCGGCGGGGCGCCCCUCCCCUCCCCCUCCCGCGCGCGGGGACCCGGCCGGCUUCCGCCCUCCCCAGGCUGCGAGACCGGCCCUGGCUGCCCGGCCGCCCGGAGCUCCGGCCAUGGGCUCGGGACGCGUGCCCGGGCUCUGCCUGCUCGUCCUGCUGGUCCACGCCCGCGCCGCCCAGCACAGCAAAGCCGCGCAAGAUGUGGACGAGUGUGUGGAGGGAACUGACAACUGUCACAUCGAUGCUAUCUGCCAGAACACCCCACGGUCAUACAAGUGCAUCUGCAAGUCUGGCUACACAGGGGAUGGCAAACACUGCAAAGAUGUGGAUGAGUGUGAGCGAGAGGAUAAUGCAGGUUGUGUGCAUGACUGCGUCAACAUCCCUGGCAAUUACCGAUGCACCUGCUACGACGGAUUCCACCUGGCACAUGAUGGACACAACUGUCUGGAUGUGGAUGAGUGUGCCGAGGGCAAUGGCGGCUGUCAGCAGAGCUGUAUCAACAUGAUGGGCAGCUACGAGUGCCACUGCCGGGAAGGCUUCUUCCUCAGCGACAACCAGCACACCUGCAUCCAGCGGCCAGAAGAAGGAAUGAAUUGCAUGAACAAGAACCACGGCUGUGCCCACAUUUGCCGGGAGACACCCAAGGGGGGUAUUGCCUGUGAAUGCCGCCCUGGCUUCGAGCUCACCAAGAACCAACGGGACUGUAAAUUGACAUGCAACUAUGGUAACGGUGGCUGCCAGCACACAUGCGAUGACACAGAGCAGGGUCCCCGGUGCGGCUGCCAUGUCAAGUUUGUGCUCCAUACCGACGGGAAGACAUGCAUCGGGGAAAGGCGGCUAGAGCAGCACAUCCCCACUCAGGCCGUUUCUAAUGAGACCUGUGCUGUCAACAACGGGGGCUGUGACAGUAAGUGCCACGAUGCAGCGACUGGUGUCCACUGCAGCUGCCCUGUGGGCUUCAUGCUGCAGCCAGACAGGAAGACCUGCAAAGACAUAGACGAGUGCCGCUUGAACAAUGGGGGCUGUGACCACAUUUGCCGCAACACAGUGGGCAGCUUUGAAUGCAGCUGCAAGAAAGGCUAUAAGCUGCUCAUCAAUGAAAGGAACUGCCAAGAUAUAGACGAGUGCUCCUUUGAUCGAACCUGUGAUCACAUAUGUGUCAACACACCAGGAAGCUUCCAGUGUCUCUGCCAUCGUGGCUACCUGCUGUAUGGUGUCACCCACUGUGGCGAUGUGGAUGAAUGCAGCAUCAACCGUGGAGGUUGCCGCUUUGGCUGCAUCAACACACCGGGCAGCUACCAGUGUACCUGCCCAGCAGGUCAGGGCCGGCUGCACUGGAACGGCAAAGAUUGCACAGAGCCAGUGAAGUGUCAGGGAAGUCCUGGGGCCUUGAAAGCCAUGCUCAGCUGCAACCGGUCUGGCAAGAAGGACAGCUGUGCCCUGACCUGUCCCUCCCGGGCCCGGUUUUUGCCAGAGUCUGAGAAUGGCUUCACAGUAAGCUGUGGCAUCCCCAGCCCCAGAGCUGCUCCAGCCCGAGCCGGCCACACCGGGAACAGCACAAACUCCAACCACUGCCAUGAGGCUGCAGUGCUGUCCGUUAAACAGCGAGCCUCCUUCAAGAUCAAGGAUGCCAAAUGCCGUUUGCACCUGCGAAACAAAGGCAAAAUGGAAGAGGCCAGCAGAAUCCCAGGGCCAGGUGGUGCUCCCUGCUCUGACUGCCAGGUCACCUUCAUCCACCUCAAGUGUGACUCCUUUCGGAAGGGCAAGGGCCGGCGGGCCCGGACCCCUCCAGGGAAGGAGGUCACCCGGCUCACCCUGGAACUGGAGGCGGAGGUCAGAGCCGAAGAAACCACAGCUGGCUGUGGGCUGCCCUGCCUCCGACAGCGGAUGGAACGACGGCUGAAAGGGUCCCUGAAGAUGCUCAGAAAGUCCAUCAACCAGGACCGCUUCCUGCUGCGCCUGGCAGGCCUUGAUUAUGAGCUGGCCCACAAACCAGGCCUGGUAGCUGGGGAGCGAGCAGAGCUUGCGGAGUCCUGCAGGCCCGGGCAGCACCGUGCUGGGGCCAAGUGUGUCAGCUGCCCGCAGGGAACGUAUUACCACGGCCAGACGGAGCAGUGUGUGCCAUGCCCAGCGGGCACCUUCCAGGAGAGAGAAGGGCAGCUCUCCUGCGACCUUUGCCCUGGGAGUGAUGCCCACGGGCCUCUUGGAGCUACCAACGUCACCACGUGUGCAGGUCAGUGCCCACCUGGCCAACACUCUGUAGAUGGGUUCAAGCCCUGCCAGCCAUGCCCACGUGGCACCUACCAAGCUGAAGCAGGACGGACCCUAUGCUUUCCAUGUGGUGGGGGCCUCACUACCAAGCACGAGGGGGCCAUCUCCUUCCAAGACUGUGACACCAAAGUCCAGUGCUCCCCAGGGCACUACUACAACACCAGCAUCCAUCGCUGUAUCCGCUGUGCCAUGGGCUCCUAUCAGCCUGACUUCCGACAGAACUUCUGCACCCGCUGUCCAGGAAACACAAGCACUGACUUUGAUGGCUCCACCAGUGUGGCCCAGUGCAAGAAUCGUCAGUGUGGUGGGGAGCUGGGUGAGUUUACUGGCUAUAUCGAGUCCCCCAACUACCCAGGCAACUACCCAGCCGGCGUGGAGUGCAUCUGGAACAUCAACCCCCCACCCAAGCGCAAGAUCCUUAUCGUGGUACCUGAGAUCUUCCUGCCAUCUGAGGACGAGUGUGGGGACGUCCUCGUCAUGAGAAAGAACUCCUCCCCAUCCUCCAUUACCACUUAUGAGACCUGCCAGACCUACGAACGCCCCAUCGCCUUCACGGCACGUUCCAGGAAGCUCUGGAUCAACUUCAAGACAAGUGAGGCCAACAGCGCUCGUGGCUUCCAGAUCCCCUAUGUUACCUAUGAUGAGGACUAUGAGCAGCUGGUAGAAGACAUUGUGCGAGAUGGCCGGCUCUAUGCCUCUGAAAACCACCAGGAGAUCUUAAAGGACAAGAAGCUCAUCAAGGCCUUCUUUGAGGUGCUAGCCCACCCCCAGAACUACUUCAAGUACACAGAGAAACACAAGGAGAUGCUGCCAAAAUCCUUCAUCAAGCUGCUCCGCUCCAAAGUUUCCAGCUUCCUAAGGCCCUACAAAUAGUGCCCCUAGGCCCAGAGACCCAGCUUUUGAAACCCUCAGACUUCUUAGCCCUCAGAGCUGGCAGCCCCCUACCCUCAGACAAGGAACUCUCACCUCUCUCUCUGGAGAAAAAAAUAUCACUACACAGACCAGGCACUCUCCCUUCUGUCUUUCUAGUUUCCUUUCCCUGUCUCUCUCUCUCUUAUUUUUUCCCUUUCCUACUUGUUCCCUGGAAAAGCCAUUCAGUGCUGGCUCUAUUCCCCCUGAGGGGUGAAGGAACAGCACAGCCCCUUCCCUGCCCAUUUUACCAGCUCAUAUGCCUGGGUCCAUCAGCUUGGAAGGGUGCUAGAGGCCCAUGAAGGAAGUGGGUCUAAUGGGGAAUGGGGAGCGGGAAGAGGGGCUUCUGCCAUUAUAGGGUUGUGCCUUGCUAGUCAGGAGCCCGAACGUCCCCUGGCUGUGCUCCCCAGGGUGACUCUAACAGCCCAGAGUCCUGCCAAAGAAGCCUUUGACUUACAGGCUUAAUGCCAACACUGGUCCUCUGGGGCACAUGAUUUGAGCCCUGGAUGGCCCACGUAGCUGGCUUUCUUGUCUAUAGAGCUCCUCUCUUUCUUCCCCCACAUAUCUGCCUGGGGUCUACUCCAUAGGGUUUACAAGUGGCCCACAACACUGGGCUAGUGGAUACUGGCUGAAUGAGGAAGAGCAAUAGGCAUUGCCAUGUUGAAUGCCCUGCUUUGGCUCCCGGAGAGAAAGACUGUAGCUCUGCAAGACAAAACCCAGGUUUUAAAGCAUCACCAAAAAAAAAAAAAAAAACAGAAAGAAAAGAAAAUAUAUCAUCUAAAGGACCAGACAGAACAAUUGGAAGCUACCUUCAAACACUAAUCCCUUUUCUUACAUGUCUUCCCUGGCCCAGCUACCCCCUUAGUUCCACGCGAGGGCUCCCUGGGGGAGCACUACUCUCCUUGCCACAUGUUGUCCUUAAAGAAGCAUGGCUGUUGACCUGAAGCCAACCUGGGCCUCGCCCCACAGUUGUCUUUCCCUUGUAGCCCCAGGUGGCUUGUGGGCUCUACCAAAGAGGACCCCAGUCUAUAGCCAGCCUGGAGCCACCUACCUCUGGCCUCAGGCUGUGGGCAGCAAGAGGAAUGUGUGUGUACUCGGCGAGCCUCCUGCCCACCCUGUCCACGUCUAAUAAGUGCAAUCAUUUUGAGUCUUUCUAUGUUGUCUAGAGGGAGGUUUUUUGUUUUUUGUUUUUGUUUCUUUUUCCUCUAUUAGAACAACCCUAUUUAUAGCUGCCCAAGAGAGAAGAGUGUAUGUUUGGAGUGGAAGAAAAUCAGUUUUGAAUCUCAUGAA